AUUUAACAAAAUCUUACGCCCUGACUCUGUUGCUGUCACACUUUGGCAAGUAGCUGCUCUCUUCCCAGCUGACUAAAGUGUAUACCUAGCCUUUCAGGAGUGGGAUUACGCAUAUGAACAGUCUGGAAACCUUCUGGCAACAGGUACCUCAGGUGCCAUGCAAAGAUAACCAUUUACACUGCUGAGGAGACAGCGGCCAUCUGUUUUAGCCGUAGCCGGCAAAAUCAGCAGGAGAGGACUGCUCUGUGGGAUGAGCUAGUCCACAGAGUGAAUAUAUUGGGCCACCAUGGAUGAAGUUACAAUCAGGUUAGGCACAGAGUGACUGACUUGAUAUGUAGAGUCCAGCAAAGGACUGCUGCAGUUGCGAGGGACUGUAAUACUACAGGUGGAGGUCUUGCCACACAGGCCCCUGUUAUGGCAACAGAGGAGCUCCUUGCCAACCUUGGGGUAGCCCCCACGCAACCUCAAACACAGGAAACACCAGUCAUGGAAGUGGGUGGCACCCAGGCAACAGGUGAGGAGUAUCCAGGUAAAAGGCAGUUUUGUGUUACUAGAAGGCAAAGGUGUGCCAAGUCUGGAAACAUGGAAACAGGGACCACACAGAACAGAAAGGAGUCUGUAGGCUCUCCUUGCAGCAAUGGACCACUGCCCGGCUGUGAAACUAUUAUUAUUCCAAUCGCUUCUCUUGGCAAUACAAUCCCACUGGGCAACAGGAAACCCAACAGCGUAGCAUCUCCACCCCUGUCACCAUCGGAUGGUGUUCAUGCCAGCAGUGAUCCAUUCAGAGGGGUACCAGCCAACAGCAAGCAUGGAACGAUGCAUAGCAGUGAACAAAGAGUGACUUCUGAGCCACCUUCACCCACUACUUCAGGACAGAAGAGGUUUAACAUGACACAGCCAAGUCUGAGCAGUAGACAGCUUCUUUCUGAACUGAAAGCAGGAAUAAACUUACGACCCAUCCACCAGUCAACUGGUGUCACGACUGUGUUCUCUGGCAGUGGCAAAAAUAUUCGCAAGCUCAGUGUGGACAGAAAAAGUGAAGAUGGUUCCCAUAGAAGUACACCAUCGUCACCUUCAGAUCAGCUACCUAUCAUGAAUGGAGAAAUUACAGAGCAGAAAUCUUCAGCAUCAGAAAUGGAAGGCAGAUAGAUAUGCAGGGAACCCAGGUGAACUUGGGAAGAACAAAUCUUGUACAGAUUCAUAAAUUCCAUCCAGCAGAAGAAUUCCAUAAAGUAUGCACUGCAGACCUUGUCACUGUAAUUGUACAGACAGUGCUACAAUGAUGAAAACACACAAAGCAUACAUUCAACUGAACAUUUAUUCACAACCAAUAUGGCCAAAUUCUAAUUCAUAGUUGUUUCAUCACUUGCUUAAUUAGCUGGAUUAUUUGACUACCGGUCUGACAAAGAAAGAUUUUUUUUAACUUACUCUGUAUUUUUUCCUGUUGCAGUUAAGUCUAGAAUUUGAAAUUCCCUUCUAAUUCUAAAUACAGUUUAGUAAAGUGUUGACAUGAUAGUACAUGUGUAUAUGCUUACAUGCACAAAUGAAAUUGACUACAACAUAUUAUCUUGUAUGCUGUAGUAAAAUAGUUUCUAUUCAUUACUGUAUAAACCAUUAACCUCAUUGAGAGUUUGACAAAACUAGUCAAACAUUUUUUAGAAGUUUAACAGUAAAAUUAGAUGUAUGUUUUUUGAAAUAAAUGUUAUUUCAGAAA